AUGAGUGAUGGAGGCUCGCAACGCGCUUCUGCUCCAGCGCGGAGUACCAGUCAUGCUGACGUCGAGGCGAUACGCGAUGCAUGCGUCACCAAGCAAACAAGAGGAAAGUACAAGAGCAGCCUCAACGGGAUUAAGAAGUGGAUCAGGAGCGAGCUCGCUAAGGAGGAUGGGAAUAUCCCCAGGUUUUUCGACGCUGAUGAUGACAUUAAUCUAAGUGAGUUUACACCGAGUGUUUUUGAGCGUUUUCUGGUGUUCAAGAGUGCUUCUGUGAAGACGGCUACGCUGAGCGGGUACCGAAGUGCUCGCAAGGAUCUUUAUCGCGUGAAGCGCGUGGCGCUACCUCCUGAGUACGGUGAUGAUAUGAAACAACUGUUCUCCGGGAUGAAGCGGAUGGAGGCUGAUCAAGACCAGACUAGCACCCCAAAGACAUCAGGAAAGCAGCCACUCACGUACUCCCUUUAUAAGGAUGUGUGCAAUUCGACUCUCGUGGCGGGUGAUGGCGGUUUUUCGCAUCUUUUUUUGACUUCGCAGUGGAAUUUGAUGUGUCGCUCAAUGUCGGUCCAGACUCUCCAACGUCAGCAUCUCGUGGCGAAAGACGAUAGCGUUGGAGUAAUAUUUGUGAAGACGAAGACUAACCAAGAGGGUUCAGGGCCCCGUGAUCCACGCCACCUGUACGCGAACCCGCUGAGCCCAUCAACGUGCUGGGUGACUGCCUUGGCAAUUUAG